GGAGAGGAGCAAGAGCGAAGGUCCCUGCAGUGUCUGCUGCAGCUCCUGGUGUGGCCUGCCCGGCGCUGACACCCGUCCCUCCUCCCGCAGCUCCAAGUGCCGGGGAGAUGCUGGCCAGGACCUGCUGCCGGGGUGGCUGCCGGGGCUCGGCAUGCCUAUGAGGCUGGCAGGGUGCAGACGAGGCGGGCGGCUGGGCAGCAGCGUCUCCAGCGGGACAGCGGUAACAGGAGACGCUCGCCAUGGAGUUCACGGUGAUCGACUACAGCAUCUUCGCGCUGCUGCUGGUGCUGUCGUCGGCCAUCGGGCUCUUCUACGCGCUGAGCGGGGACCGGCAGCGCACGGUGCAGGAGUUCCUCCUGGCCAACCGCAACAUGGGCUUCCUGCCUGUCGCCCUCUCCCUGCUGGCCACCUUCCAGUCGGCUGUGGCCAUCCUGGGUGUGCCGGCCGAGAUCUACCGCUUCGGCACCGAGUACUGGUUCCUCGGCUGCUCUUACUUCCUGGGGCUGCUCAUUCCGGCCCACGUCUUCAUCCCGGUCUUCUACCGCCUGCGCAUCACCAGCACCUACGAGUACCUGGAGCUGCGCUUCAACAAGACAGUGCGGGUCUUCGGCACCAUCACCUUCAUCUUCCAGAUGGUUAUCUACAUGGGGGUGGUGCUCUACGCGCCUGCGCUGGCCCUCAAUGCAGUGACGGGCUUUGACCUCUGGAGCGCGGUGCUCACCAUGGGGCUGGUCUGCACGCUGUACACCACGCUGGGUGGGCUGAAGGCUGUCAUCUGGACGGACGUCUUCCAGACGCUGGUGAUGUUCGCGGGGCAGCUGGCUGUCAUCCUGGUGGGCGCCCGGCGGGUGGGCGGCAUGGCCCGUGUCUGGCACCUGGCGGAGCAGGAGGGCAAGAUCUCCGGCAUUGACCUGGACCCUGACCCCUUCAAGCGGCACACCUUCUGGACCCUGGCGGUGGGGGGUGUCUUCAUGAUGCUGUCGCUGUACGGGGUGAACCAGGCGCAGGUGCAGCGGUACCUCAGCGCCCGCAGUGAGCGGGAGGCCAAGCUCUCCUGCUACGCCGUCUUCCCCUGCCAGCAGAUCGUGCUCUGCCUCAGCUGCCUGACCGGCCUCGUCAUGUUCGUCUAUGACCGGGAGCACCCGCUGGCGCCCACACAGCGCCCCGGGUCCUCCGACCAGCUGGUGCUGUACUUCGUGAUGGACGUGCUGCAGGACCUGCCGGGGCUGCCCGGGCUCUUCGUCGCCUGCCUCUUCAGCGGGUGCCUCAGCACCAUCUCCUCCGCCUUCAACUCGCUGGCCACGGUGACGAUGGAGGACCUGGUCCGGCCCCACUGCCCUGGGCUGUCGGAGUCACGGGCCACGCUGCUAUCCAAGCUGCUGGCUUUUGGUUAUGGAUUGCUCUGCCUGGGGAUGGCUUACGUGUCCUCCAUGCUGGGCCCUGUGCUGCAGGCAGCCAUCAGCAUCUUCGGCAUGGUGGGGGGCCCGCUCCUGGGGCUCUUCUGCCUGGGCAUGUUCUUCCCCUGCGCCAACCCCACGGGUGCUGUCGUGGGGCUGCUGGCGGGCCUGGCCAUGGCCUUCUGGGUGGGCAUCGGCAGUCUGCUGCACAGCAUGGGGGGGGGCCCCCCACCUAACAGCACCGUGCUCCCCCCCGUGGGCAACCUCACCACCAUCCUCGCCACCACCCUGCUGGCCCCCACGCCAGCCCCCCAGAGCCCCACAGGGCUGCAGAAGUUUUACAGCCUGUCCUACAUGUGGUACAGCGCCCACAACUCCACCACCGUCAUCCUGGUGGGGCUCCUGGUCAGCCUGCUCACCGGCCCCACGCCGGCAGCAGCCGUGGACCCCCGCACCAUCUACCCUGUGCUGCCUCGCCUGCUUUGCUGCCUGCCCCAGAAAUACCGGCAGAGGCUCUGCUGCGGGGUGGACUUCCCUGCCCAGGACACCAACCAUGUGGAUGCCACGGUGAAGAGCAACAGGGUGCCCAACGGCCUGGCCCCCCCCCGGCCCCGGCCGGCGGGAGGAGGAGGGACAGGGCUACAUCCGUGCGGCUGGGGCCCCUGCCUACGCCCUGCAGGAGACCUCCUUCUGAGCCCCCCCCCUCCCCGACAUGGGGGUCCCAGCCACCCCAUGCAUCCUUCCCGAGUGCCCCCCCGGCCAUGGGGCACGGACCCCCUGUGGAGCGCCCACACGCAGCUGGGGAGCACCAAAUAACCGGGAGGGGCUGGGUCCCUGCCCGGGGGGGCUGGUCAGGCUGCACCCCCCGCGGGCAGCACAGGGCUUCUCUGCCUGCACCCGCGGUAGGCUGGCUCCCGAGCCCCAGGCCCUCCAUCUGCCCACGCCAGGGCCGCUGCCAGUGCCUGCGGCGGCCCCUGCCCCCCGGCUGGGGGGGUUGUCUGGGACCACGGGUGUGGGGGCGAGUCAGAGCGGUGCCCUCUCCCCCACUGGCCAGGACGCUGCCCACGUGCCUUACCGCACCGCUCCCGGGCCGGGGGCUGCCCCACACCCCCCCCCACCAGCCCCCACCAUCACCCAUCUCUGUGUUCCUUGUCCUGCCAAUAAAUGGUUCUGGAGCGCA